CUGAGAGAUUUGAGUAUUAUGAACUCACUUAAGGGAUUUGACGCCAACAAAAAGUCCGGUUUGCUGGACUGACUUAUAUUUUGGACUCAAAUGUUAAUAAUGUAUAUUUCAAAGUCUUAACAACUUGAAACGCUUUUUUAAGCCAACAAAUACAAGUUCUAGUUUUUACAGUGCAGUAGCCUGCCCUGAUUCCUCUCAGCACUGUGUGACUGAGCCCGUCUCCUCCCAGUCCAGCUGCUCUCUCUCCUCCAGACGAACCAGUCAGACCAGUCACACCACACCACACCAGACAUGGCAGCCGAUCAGCCCGGGGCAACACUUGAGGAAACUGAGCAAGUUCAUUCAUCAGAUUUGGGUUUGUUUGAGGAUCACGGUGGUAAUAUCCCGAAGAGACAUGCCCGGGUUACCGUGAAGUACAACCGGAAGGAGCUGCAGAGGCGGCUGGACGUGGAGAAGUGGAUUGACGAGAGUCUGGACCGGCUGUACUCGGGUCAGGGAGGUGAUGUGCCAGAGGAGGUGAACAUCGAUGACCUGAUCGACCUGCCUAACGAUGAGGAGCGAGUCAGAAAGUUACAGGAGCUUCUUCGAAAGUGCAGUAACAACACAGAGACCUUCAUCAGAGAGCUGGUGGUGAAGCUGGAGGGAGUUCAGAAGCAGGACGAGCUGCAGAGCGAAGGCAUCGAGCAUCCCAUCAUCUGCAACAGCCACUACCGCCAUGAGCCCUACCACUUUAACAACCCACAGCAACAGCAUCAGUCCCACCACGCCCGAGGCCAGAACCAGACCCUCUGACGACCCCCCCACCUCCCCCAACCAAGACACACACUGCACACGCUGUCAUGACAUGACAACAACACGGCAGUUCUAUUGGCCCGUGGAAGGCAAAGAAGGAGAAAAUCUACCCUAAUACUCACUAAUUAAGACUUUAUAUCAUGUGGAGUCUCUGCUGGUUGCCUGGUAACCUCACAUCGAUGACAAGACUCCAGGAGGUCACUGCUCCAGGCCAAGAAAUAGUCCAGCACAAAAAACAAAAGAAAAAUAAAGACAAGAAAUAGUCCAGCACAAAAAAAUAAAAUAAAAUAAAUGAAAAAAUAGUCUGGCACAAAAAAAAAAA